GGCGGGGCGGGGUGAGGCCGAGCGAAGCGAAGCGGCGGCUGCCAUUCCUCGGCUGCGCGGCCGCCCCCGCCCCCUCCGCCUCUUCCUGGCCGCGGCGAGAGGAGCUGUGCUGGCAGCGGGGAGGCGGCGGCGGCGCCCAGCUCCCGGCCCGCCAUGGCGAUCCGCAAGAAGAGCAACAAGAACCCGCCGGUGCUGAGCCACGAGUUCGUCGUGCAGAACCAUGCGGACAUCGUGUCCUGCAUGGCCAUGAUCUUCCUGCUGGGGCUUAUGUUCGAGAUUACAGCAAAAGCAGCUGUCAUUUUUGUUACACUUCAGUAUAAUGUUACCAUUCCUGCCACAGAAGAACAAUCUGCAGAAACGAUCUCUCUCUAUCACUAUGGCAUCAAAGACUUGGCUACGAUUUUCUUCUACAUGCUUGUAGCAAUAAUCAUACAUGCUAUAAUUCAGGAGUACGUACUGGAUAAAAUAAACAGGAAAAUGCACUUUUCAAAAACAAAGCAUAGCAAGUUCAACGAGUCUGGGCAACUUAGUGCAUUCUACCUUUUCUCCUGUGUUUGGGGAACAAGUAUUCUUGUCUCUGAGAACUAUAUAUCAGACCCAACCUCUCUGUGGAGGGACUAUCCGCACACUCUGAUUCCGUUUCAAAUGAAGUUUUUCUACAUCUUACAGUUGGCAUACUGGUUUCAUGCUUUUCCAGAAUUGUACUUCCAGAAAACUAAAAAGGAAGAUAUCUUUCGCCAGAUUGUUUACAUUGGACUUUAUCUCUUUCAUAUUGCUGGAGCCUAUCUCCUGAAUCUGACCCACCUUGGACUUGUUCUUCUUGUAUUGCAUUAUUUCGUUGAAUUUCUUUUCCACAUAUCUCGUCUUUUCUACUUCAGUGAUGAAAAAUACCAGAAAGGAUUUUCAUUGUGGGCAGUUCUUUUUGUUUUGGGAAGGCUUCUCACCUUGAUUCUCUCAGUCCUCACUUUUGGCUUUGGACUGGCAAGAGCAGAAGAUCAGCAGCUGAAUUUCAGUACCGGAAACUUUAAUAUCCUGGCUGUUAGAAUCAGUGUGCUGGCCUCUAUUUGCAUGACUCAAGCAUUUAUGAUGUGGAAGUUCAUUAAUUUCCAGCUUCGGAGAUGGAGAGAGCAUUCUUCUUCUCAGCCUCAGUCAGUGAAAAAGAAAUCCGUAACAGCUAAAGGAAAGACCUCCAGAAAAGAAAGAGAAAACGGAAUAAAUGGAACAGUGACCUCAAAUGGAGCAGACUCACCUCGUAGCAGGAAGGAUAAAUCCUCGUAAAACUGGGUUUUAUUAAGUUAAUUGACUAAUGUCCCCAAAGAAUCUGCUUUUUACAUGGAUGGCCCUUCAGCACUAGAGAUGUUACGGAUUAAAGAAAAUACAGUUCAUGUUUUUUGAUUAUUGCUGUUGUUUUGAGAAACUUUUUAAAAGCCAUUUUGAAUAAGGAAAAAGGUUUAUCUGUCUUCAAAUACUUGGGGGGGGUUACAACACUUUUUAAAUAACAUUGACACUUUUUUAAACAUUUAUUGUGAUGAAAUAGCUUCACUUAAUGAGGAUCACUGUUGCAAUGUAUUAUUUCCUUCCAUUUUUUGUAAUCUUGGUGAUAUAUACUCUUCUACCAGCUACACUUUUUCCAAGUCCUUGAAGAAAUAUUGCAAAAUUGAAGUAAAAAUCUAGUAUGCAUUUUCAGAUACUCUGGCUUUUCAGUUAAUUGCCUUGGUUCAAAUUUACAGUUCAAAUUGGGAUUCCAAGACCAUGCCAAUAAACCUCUCGUUGUAGUUAUUAGCUACACAAUGUCUGCUCUUAAGAAUUGCCCCAUAUCAUUAAAACAAAACUGAACUAAUUGGAAACGUUGCAGAGUCUUAUUGUUUGUUGGUUAGAAAUCUCUUACAAGGAACAAAAAACCUUUUUGAGAUACAGCUUUAGCACUUGAAAACUAGGAGGGAGCGUGUAUGGUCAUAGAAAGAGUUGAUUUGAGUAGCGCUGUUAAACUCCUGUCUGUACUUUUAAAGUGUACGUAUCUUGGAGAACUAGUGUGCAUUGGACUUUCUUUGAAAACUUGUCUGAUUUUAGAGGGUGGGAGGUUCUUACAAUGUGUCGUUGUGUUUGUUUCAGGAGUCAUUUAAUGCUCUGUGAAGAGGGAAUUUAUUAGAUAAAUUGAUCAAGUUAUGAGAAACAUUCCUUUAUUCUAACUGCUUUGCUUUGUUUCACCUCUGUUAGGAAAUAGUUUGAUUUCUCCUAUAUAUAUUUUUAUGAAAAAAUAUUUAAAAGCUACAACUUCUUAAAACUGACUUACUGUGCCCUUUGCUACAACUGGAGAAAUCUUAAUUUAAGAUUUUUUCCAUUAUCUGUCUUUCAUAAUUGUAUUCAAUGUGAAGCUUUGUCCAGUUAAUUAUCCAGUUUAAUAAGCAGUUAAUGUUUCCUCUGUACCCUUUUGUAAUGGCUGUAAUUCAACCCAUUUCACUUGAGGAUGAGUUAGAGAUUUAAUUCAGUCUUAAGAAGAAGUUGCUAAAUUAGUCUUUCAAGUUAACCCAAAUAUUGGACUGCUUAUUGAUUGAGAAGAGUAAUUAUGUGCAAUCAAGCUGAUAAAUAAAAUAUUUUUAAUUAAAACCUGUUAUUAUAGUUGAGUUUAUACCCAACAAAAUAAUAAAUCUGCAUUCUGUGUCUUCUGCAGUUUGGUUGCUUACUAUACAGAAUAAAUGUUUCUAGUACAGAAUCUUCAAGACAAUUAACUAUCCAUUCCCAUUCUACAAUUGUUUAGUACUAUUUAGAGUUAUUGCAGUAUAAUUUAUUAUAUGUUUCGGUUAAUUGCAGUCACCAUUCCUGAGUACUUGUUUCACAGCUCCUGAAGUGGACUUGACAGACUUGGACUUGCAUAGCUUGAGAAUUCUGGGGCAGCGUGCCCUGUAAUAUGCCCAGUCUGCCUCAGUGGAAGUAGCUAUAGCGUGUCUUGAUUGUAAGCAAUAAAGCACAAGUGGAGAAACUGAAUCUAUCUCAUCUGACCAUAAAACUGGAAAAUUGGAACUCAGAAAUUUUGAGGGAAUUGCAUACAUUAAAUACUUGCUACGCAAAA